AUGGCCCAAGGCCGCCAUGCGGCGGCGGGGCAUGCGCAGAAGCGCCUCCCUGCCCCGAGAACGGGUGAGGGGGGGAAAAGGGAAAAAAAGAGAGAGAGAUUCGAGGUCUUCGCUCUCCUCCCCCUCCUCCUCCUCCUCCGGUUCUGGGUUCAGGGUGAGCCGUUGAGCGCAGGGCCCGCGCGCCGCCCCGAGACUUGAGGGUGGGUGAGGGGGGGCGGUAAACGCGGCGGCGGGGGGGGACUUCUCCACAAAGAGGGAGGGAAGGGGGAGGGCGGUAAUCCCGAGCUUUUCCGCAGGCGGCAGAAGUGCAGGGACGGUUUUUUUUUUUUUUAAACAAAAAUAUUUAUUUAAUUUCGCCAUCCGACGCUUCUCUUUCUUCUCUCUCUCUCUCCCGAUUCUCCUCAGCGGCGACGAGUGAGUGGGGGAGGGGAAGGAGCCGGGGGGAGGGGCGAGAGGAGGAAGGUGGGGGAGGGGAGGCCUCGGCCUAUCUCUCUAUAUCUCUCUAUCUCUUCUCUAUAAAAUGCCUAUUAACCUACCCACCCCCCGCCAUGUGGAGGAGGAAAGAAAUUGCUCUUCCCAGGCCAAUUUCUAUUUUUGGUUUUUUUUCCGAGGGGGAAGGGCGCUAUUGUUUGUUCUUGGGGUUUAUAUUUUAAUAUUUAUUUCCCCUACCCCCACACUUUUUUCCAUUUUUACUUAUUUGUUUUUUGCGUGCGAAGGGGGGGAGGUGGGGUAUUGUUGUUGUUGCUGGGAACUUGAUUGAACAUGUUACAUUGGGUAUUUUCAUUGGGUGUUUUUAUACUGUUGUGAGCCGUCCUUCUUGGGGUGAAGGGCGGUAUACAAGUUUCAUAAAUAAUAAUAAUGUUCUGGCACUUUUCCUUCGCUCUCUCUCUCUUACCCCCCAAUUUUCCAUCGUGUUUGUGCGCCUGGGGUGGGGGGACGAAAGAGCAUUAUUAUUACUGUUAGGAACGUCAUUUAAAGAUGCUUUCGCACUUUUCCUCCUCCCUUUCCUCCCAUUUUCCUUUUGUGGCGCUGGAAAGGAAGGGAGGUUGGGGCUUCAUAAUUGUUACACACUUAAUUUUUAAAAAUAUCACCACCCUUUUCCUCCCAUUUUCCAUUUUUGGGGGGCAGGGUUGGGACACUAUUAUUGUUACAAUAUUUAUGAUCUUAAAAUGUCCUUUUCUAUUUUGGAGAGUGGGGGCCAAUUUUUUCCUCCAGGGUGUUGGGCAGAGGAAGAGGGAACCACACUGAGCCCUUGUUAUUGGGAAUCUAAUUAAUAUUUUCUCCUUACACUUUCCCAUUUUACUCCUAUUUUCCAUUGGGGGAUGUUGAGAAGGAUCCCCUGGCCCUAUUUUUUUGGAUGUGGGAGAGGGAAGAAGGUUGAGGUUUUAUGACUGUUGUUGCUUUCAUAAGAAACUUCAUUAAACAAAUUAUCUUUACACCUUUCUUCUCCCUUCUUUUCCCAUGGGAGGCAACAGCAACAAGAACUCCCUGAGCCAUUUCUCUCCCCCACCUCAGUCCAAAAGAAGUAGGUUGUUGAUGUUAUUAGGAACGUCUUUAAGAAUUUCUUAACUCUUUCUCCUCCCAUUAUCUAUUAUGGGAAACAAGAGGACCAAAUGUUUCCAGUGGGGCAGGAGGAAGAAAAACAGAGGCUCUAUUGUUGUUGUUGCUAUUAUUACUAAUUUAAUAAUUUCUCCAUUCACUACUACAGUACUUAUUCCCUGGUCUCCCGUUUUCUGUUGUGGGUGAGAAGAAGCUCUUCCUGAACUAAUUUUUUUGGGGGGAGGGGAACAACGGGGAAAGAUUGAGGCUGUAUUAUUAUUGGUGGUGGUGGUGUUUAUUAAUAAAAAAAAUUCCUCACAUGUUGUCUUCUUUCUCCCCAACCCAUUGUGGGGGAGAGGAAAGACUUCUAGUUUUUCCAGAGUAGGAAGGAAAGGUGGUUCAUAGAAUCAUAGAAUCAUAGAAUCAUAGAGUUGGAAGAGACCACAAGGGCCAUCGAGUCCAACCCCCUGCCAAGCAGGAAACACCAUCAGAGCACUCCUGACAUAUGGUUGUCAAGCCUCUGCUUAAAGACCUCCAAAGAAGGAGACUCCACCACACUCCUUGGCAGCAAAUUCCACUGUCGAACAGCUCUUACUGGUUGGGGGAUGUGUUGUUAUUGUUAGGCACUUAAAUAAAAAAUUCUUCUUAUACUUCCCCCACUUUUCCAUUGAGUGGGUGGGGUGGACUGAGCCAUUAAUAAUAUUAAGUUUGAACCUUUGUUGUUAUUGCUGUUGUUGUUAUCCACCCUUCGACCUAAAGUCCCACAACAAUUUGAAAUAAAAUAUCAAAACAGUUGAAAACAAAUUACAAUCACGUGAAUAGGGUGGGUCCCAGCAUAUGAGGGAAUGCUGCAACUUAGGGGGUGCCACAGAAAAUAGCCUCUCCAAGUGCCACCCUGAAGCAGCCUAUUAUUACACUAUCAUCAUCAUCAUCAUCAACAACAACAACAACAAAAACAACAUCAUUCACUUCAUAUUAGUAUUUCUUUACAGCCUCCCCCCCUUCAAUUCUUUAGAGGAGAGGGACUUACCCUGUUUCUUAAGGGGAAACUGAGGGUUAUAUCCAGUGCUGGUCUUACUCAGAGUAGACCCAUGGAAAUUAGGCCUAAGUUAGUCAUGUCCAUUAAUUUCAAUGUGUCUACUCUGAGCCAAGCUAACAUUGGCUACAACCCUGAGCCUCUGUUAUUAUUAACAAUAAUAAUUUAUCCUCACACUUCCUCCAGUCUUCAUAGAGGGAGUAAAUACUUUUGUUACCUAUUUUUCCGUAGGGUGGGGAAAAUACAGCCUCUGUUUUUGUAGUUAUUGUUGAUAGGAAGGUGACUUGAGCCUCUCUUUUUGUUAAAAAACUAAUAGAGACUCAAACUACCACUUCCUAGUAGUGUAAGGAGUAACGUUUUAGUUAAUAAUAGUAAUAAAUAAUAAGACUUUCACUUUGGAAAGUUGACUAGGAAAGUUCUCUUGCCUACUCUCCCAUCUCACAGAGAAUUUGAGAUAGUCCGAGUAGAAAUAAUUUCUUUUUCCUUGCACUCAUUUCCCCCCCCCCAAAUUAUCCAUGGGAAAAUAACAUUCUUAGUCUGUAUUUGCAUGUAUGUUUGGAAAGCCAAUUGAUGAAGACCUCAGUGGAUAGGUUUUUUGUGGGGGUGGGGGGAGUGUGGAGAAAUAAUUAUAAAAUUUCUUUUCCCUCCCAGUUAUCUGGUAAGGCCUUCCUUAGCCAGUUUUCCACAGUAACAAUACCAGAGGUUCGUUUCCACUCUGGAAAUUAGGCUAAGGCAGUCCUCGUGUGGGAUGGGGUGGGCAGUGUGGUGACUGGGGUCUGGCUCCUUAGCUUGAAAGUCUGCAGCCUCUGACCCACAAGUCUUGACUCUGGGGACUUGUGAGUCGGAGGCUGCAGACUUUGAAGCUAAGGAGUCAGACCAGGUGCAGGGCUGUGAGCCUCCUGCUAGUAAUCACAGACUCAGAAUUGUAGAAUUGGAAGGGACCCUGAAGGUCCUCUAGCCCAACUUUCCUUCAGUGCAGGAAUGUCAGUCCUCUGUCCAAUUUGAAACCAUACCUGGCCCUGCUUAAGCUUUGCAAAUGUGCAAGCAGCUUUAUUGCUGAGGAGGACAACUGAGGGUGCGGAACAUGGGUAUGUAGGGCCAGAGCCUGAACCACUCAUGAACCUCAUCAUUCCAGCUGGCAGAGAGUGCAGCAUGCCUGAGGCUAGGGAAUCGAGAAGUGCUCCUUGUCUGGCCAGAGGGUUGGCCCUUUAAGAGAGUAGAGUUAGUCACAAGGGGGUGGAGCCUUAGAGAGGUAGCCUGAGAGCAGGAGCUUAAAAAGGCCCAGUCUGUUCUCAGCCUUUCCCCAGAGCAGAUUGCUCACUAGGAGCUAUCCGUGGUGCUGGUUGGGCAAUUGCAGGCCAGCCUUGCCUUCUCUGUGGGUGUAUUAUUAUUAUUAUUUGAGUUUAUACACCGCCCUAUAUCCAGAGGUCUCAGGGCGGUUCACAAAACAAAUUAACAUCUAUUCAUAAAUUAGCAUCAAUUCAUCCUUCUGAUGCAAUCCAACUUUGAAGAGGUUUGACAAUUUUAUCUAAGAUAUUUGUUUACUGCCCUUCAUAUAAAUAACCCAGGACAGCAUUCAGAACUGCAGCCUGUCAUAAAAAGAAAGAGGAGGAAAAGAAAGAGGAGGAAAUACAUGUAUACAUGUGUACCAGAACAUACCAGGCAGUGUGGAAAAUAAAUUACAGUGGUACCUUCGUUCUCGAACUUAAUCCGUUCCGGGAGUCCAUUCAACUCCUGAAACCAUUCGAAAACCAAGCCGCGGCUUUUGAUUGGCUGCAGAAGCUUCCUGCACUCAAUUGGAAGCCGCAUCGGACAUUUGGCUUCCAGGUUUGUGGCGUUUGGGAACCGAUUUGUUCGACAACUAAGCAGUUCGGGAACCAAAGUACCACUGUACUGUUUUCCUCUUCACACACACCCUGCUGCCAAGUCUACAUGAUGGUGGCAAGGCUUUCUCAGUCUUUUUUCUUUUCUUUUUUGCUGAGGCAUGAGUUGUUGUGAUGCCUCCCUGAAAAUUUGCUUGUCCUUCCACUAUGAAGUGGGUUAUGCACAAGAAUGAUAACUAAAUAAUUAUUCCUAAAAUGAUAGUAAAAUAAUAGCAUUUUCUCCUCAAACUCUCUACCUGCCUCACGAAUGGGCUAAGGAGCCCUUUUCCCAUAUAGGGAAUGGAGGGGCAGUAGGAAGAGGGGGGAAAUAGUUUUAUCCUCAAACUCUCCUCCCAUUCCAAAUGUGGGGAAGGGCUUUCUUACCCUAUUUCUAGGCAGAGGGGUUUCAUCCAAUGUGUUGAUAAUAAUUUAAAAAUGCAAUAAUCAAAUUGAGCUUUCUUCUUCUCUAUAUGCACAUCUUUAUUCCCUUGGUCCAAGGGAACAGCUUCCAUAUUGAAUCUACCAAGAAGAAUAAAGGGUGGGUGGGGAAGAAUUAAGUUUCAUUAUUAUUGUUUGCUGAAUUUAUUUCUCUUUCCCCUACCAAACAUUAUAGUGUUUAUUUGUGUGUAGACUUCCUUGGUGAAUUACAUUGGGUGGGUGUGGAGCCCCUGUACUGUAUUGUUUUUGUUGUAAUCUUUAUUCCACUGCUGUUGCUACAUUGUGGUGCUCCCAGCAUAUUUGUUUCCAUAUGUGUAUCUGUUUUCUACCCUACCGCCACCCUCAGCACCAAAUCAUAGUGGCCAGAACAACUUUUUUCCCCAACUACCCUCCCAAAUCUGAAGGAAGCCUCCCCUUUUUUCUUUGUUAAUUGCCUUUUAAAAUAAAGUUCUAUUUCUGGAAGGAAGGCUAUUUUUGUUCUUUCUCUACUCCCAAAAGAAUCUUCCCACACAAGUUUAUGUAUUAUAUAUAGAUAGAUAGAUCGAGAUUGAGAUACACACACACACACACACACACACACACACACACAAAAUGUUUUCAAAGUUUUUGGUGGGAUUGUUUUAAAUUUUGGCACAGAGCCUGGCAUAAAAAUAAAAAAGGAAUGCUGUGAACCCCUUUUGGAGAAUUCCUGUCAAAAAGUACAAUACAUAUUUAAUAAUUGAAAUAGUUCAGAUAUAUUUUAUUUAAAACACUUUCUCCAUUAUUUGUUAUCUACUCCUUCCCCCCCAUCUGUGUACUGCAGUACACUGUUUUUCUUAUUUAGCUGAAGCUUUUCUCCUCACACCACAUCAGUGGUAGGAAAUUUGCGUACAUAUUGUGCAAAGAGAUGAUAAACAAAAAUUCCCUUCCCAUAGUUCUAUGAGUCCAGUUGUCUUUAGAUGGUAAAGUGUUCCUUUAACUUUUCAGUGGCCUUGUGUACAUUAGCCAAAAGUGGGUAAAAUGAAUGUGGCAAAUGUUUGUGUGGUAGUCAGGUGUGCUUAAGAUUGCAGCCUGAUUUUACACAUGUUUUUUUCAGAAAUAAGUCUCCACUCUGUUCAGUGGGUCUUACUCCCAAGUGUGUAAUAGGAUUGUAGUCUUAGUCUGUUAUCUCUUCUCUCCCCGCCUCCAAUAUUUCUAAUGGGGAUGUAAGUAUGCUUCUUUUCUUCUUCCUGCUAUGCAAAGUGGAACCUUUUAGUUAUCUUCUCCCCCUGCCCAGAGUCAAUAUGCUUGGCGGAAUGAUAAAUAUGGGGAUGAUAUUUUUUUCCACCUGUCGCUUCCCACUGCAGAAUUUCCUAAUGGGGAUCUCCAUAUAUAUCCUGCUGUUACUGCUUUUUUUAGGAUAUAACUGUCUACCCCUACUCACCAAAAUAAUUUUUGUAGCGUGUGUGUUGACAGUGGGGAAGAAGUUGUCUAAAUAUACACCUCCGCUUCCACAGUAACUUCGGAUUGUUCCCCAGAUUUUUGUGUUGCUCCUUUAGACAUUUUAUUCCCACUCUUUGUGUGUGGUUUUUAUCUUUUCAUAUUGUUUCUUCAAGAAGAAGUAACUUCUCUUCCCCCACCCCCUGCACCUCCGCUUUUUCAGACCACAGUUCCUAAUUGGCAAAUGAAAAGGGAGUACUGCAUUAUUUGAGUAUGGCUGGAUGUUCUUCAUCAUCACAUGUAUUCAGUGGGCCAAAGGACUUGCUUUAAAUGCAAUAUCCUUUCUGCUUUGACCUUAUUAGAAGUCCUUUGUUGUGUUUUCUCCUUUCUCUGUUCCCCCUCUUCCCCAUUUCUCAUUUAAGAAAAGGCCUUGAAUCUUCUCACAGCUUGCAACCCGCCCCGCCCCCACUCCAUAUCAAGAUAAAGGAAGCAUGUUUUGAGUAAACACUUCUUGUGAUGCUGGGGAACACUAAUCCCCACUCUCAUACACUUUGUUCCUGAAACCUAUCCUUAAACAUAAAUCUGUUUUAAAAGAAGUUAUUUGAUUAUCCCUUUUAGAGGAGUUGGACUGUAACCCACAACUUCUUGAUAUUUUCAUGUAUGUUACCUAAAUUCUCCACUGUUCUAACUACAGAUGGAGAGAGAUUUCCCCCUGUAAUUCCUUUUCUUCUCCAGUUAGUCAAUUUGUUGCAGCAAGUAGCUGCAGUACUUGCUCUUGGAGACUUGGGAUCAAAUCCCUGAUGUUACUUAGAAUUUUUAGAUUGACACUUGGGAUAUGUGUGUGGCUUGCAGAUGUAUUGCCACCUUUUAAAGUCUGUUACUUCCUGCAAAUUUAAUUAUUGUAGUUGUACAGAAGUCUUGAUCAAGUGUUGUUUCCUUCAGAAUAGCAUGCAAGUAUGUCCAGACCAGUGUCCUCCAUCUUAGAAAGUAUUCUACUCCUAGUGCUAAUUUUUUUUUUGUAUUGGUGAUUUAUUUAUCACACCUGUAUCCUGCAUUUCUUUCAAAAAGUGUACAUUAAUUACUUCAUAAAUGUGAUGUUCCCAAGAGACCUUAGUGGCCUCUGUGGAAAUUUCAGCCUAGGUCUUCCUGAUCUAAGCCCUGCCUUCUGCAAUCUAUGAAGCAAAUACUGAAUUACCUACUUUUUGAAAAAUCCUCAAAUUUCUAAUACUAUUUGCUUCUAAUCUAGACUUUCAGAAUUGCUUAUUAAGAAUGUUUUUGACCUAUAGAGGGGUUUUGGGGGUGGGUUCACAAAAAGGUGUUUAGAGCAAAAUGAAAAGGGUUGUUCAUUAUUACAUUUGCAGGCUUGAUGUGUUGGCUUCAUAAAGAAAGUGGCCCAUAUUUCACAGACCUAAGUAAAUGCAGGGAAUCCAGGUAUCAUCCCCACUGUCCCCCAGCACCUCUCUUAAAGUGACAUGAUUUAUCAUGCAGCAUUCAAAACACUAUUUUAAGAGGCUAGGAGAGUGCAUUUUCUCCUGCUGUUCAUUUGCAAAGUAUGCUAUGGAUAGUGGUUGCAACUCACAAGUCCAACUUCCCAGCAUCUGAGCCAUUUGAACUACAGUGGUACCUCUGGUUACAAACGCUUCACGUUACAUAUGCUUCAGGUUACAGACUCUACUAACCCAGAAAUAGUGCUUCAGGUUAAGAACUUUGCUUCAGGGUGAGAACAGAAAUCGUGCUCUUGCAGCGCGGCAGCAGCAGGAGGCCCCAUUACCUAAAGUGGUGCUUCAGGUUAAGAACAGUUUCAGGUUAAGAAUGGACCUCCGGAAUGAAUUAAGUACUUAACCCGAGGUACCACUGUAGUAUCUUACUGCCAAAGUAAACAGCCUAGUUGCCUGCGGAUAUCCUUGUUGCCUUCCAAAAUUUCGUAUUUUACUGUUAGGUAGCAUAGAUUCCCCAAAUCCGCAAAGCUUCCCACCCCAUUUCAUUUGCAUCUCAAUCCAAUGCGUGUUUACAUAGAAGUCCCACAAAGUGCUGUGGGACUUAGUAAGUACGUUUAGAUUUGUAUUGUACUGGCCAGAAAAAGUUUUGGUUUUUGGUUAAAAACGUGUGUUUUUCUGUCUCUCUUCCACAUUCCCUUGUCUGUCUGGAAAAGUCCCAGAUUUUUAGAAAGAAUUGUUUGAGCUUUCUUUGCUCGGAAAAUAUGAUCACUUUUCAGUUGUGCAUUUUUCUGUUUCAGGUUCCAUUUUAGCUGUGCAGAAUUCUUGUAAUGCAGAGAAUAGGUAUGAAAAUACAAACUGGACUUUCAUUAGCUUUUGAAAAUAAGAUGUGAGAGAUACUGUAUUUGCAGUUGGUACCCACGUGUUGUUACCAAUGAACUUAUGAAACAGAACCUAUUCUACAGAAGAAUAAUUUUUCCCACCCCACAUCACUGGAGCAAAUGAACGGUUGACUCCAAAUGCUGCCAUCAAGGGUAUAUCCUUUAUCAGCCACAGUUUGGUUUAUCAGAAAGGUCAGCAGGAUCUUUCAUUACUGAGAACCAUGGUAGAAGCCUGGGCUGAACAACAGAUAGCUUUUCUAUCACACAGCAUAAUAGAGUGCAGUACAUAGAACACUCCAAAGUCUGGUCAUUUUGGUCAUAAUCCUGUCCAGUUUUGUUGGCAAAAUACUGAAAAAACUUUGCAAGCUUCUAAGUCCCGAUAAAUACAUUGACUUAGAAAAAUGACACAAGUGGCUCUUUGAGUGGGCCCUUAUCAUAAUGAAAAGGAAGAGGCCCAUCUUUAGGAGAGAUAAGAUUCGGUGGGUUAUGUAGCAGGACCUUUUCUGUGGCGGAACCAGCUGACAGAUCUGCUUGGGCCUGACUCUUUCCCUGUUUUGUAAACAUGGCAAAACAUUGCUUAGGUUCCCCUUAGGCUUUGAUAUUGUUGAUUGUGUUAUAUGGUCUUACAGUAGUAUUAUGACAUGUUUGUUUGUAGCCGCUUAAUUAGAAGAGGGAGAAGUAUAAAACAGUAAAUAAAUAGUUACUUGCAGAGCAAUCCUUGCCAUGUCUUCUCAUUGAAGGCCAUGUCAUUGAUUUCACUGGGGUUUACUCCCAAGUAAGGGGGGUUAGGAUUGCAACAUCAGACAACCUACAUUCCUUCUAGUCUUUGAACCUUUUGUAUGUUAUCUAGGAAUGUAAGAAGCAGCCUUGUGCCAAGUCAGACCAUUGGUCUCAUUAUUGUCCAUGCUGACUGGCCGUGCUUUGCCUGGGUUUCAAAUGGAAUUCUUUCCCAGCCCUACCCAGAGAUGCCUGUUAUUUAACCUGGGCUCUACUGCAUGUAAAAUAUUUGCUCUACCAUUGAGCUAUUGCCUUUCAGUGUAGCCAUGAGUUCUGCAAAUCCUUUUAAAAAAAUGAACUCUCAUUAUGAUCUUUGCUGAUCAUUAUUAUCUUUACAUCCUUAUUGCUAUACAAGACUGCAUUUGAUAGUGGCAGUUGAGCCAUGAAAUAGGUCAGGAUUUGUAAAACUUAGUUCUUUUUAUAAAAAAAGUUUGCAUAAAAUAAGUCCUUAAGAUGGAGGCGGGAGGGAGUUGUGAGCUCCUCUUUGGGCAUUUGGAGGUGCUCAUAUAUGGCCAGAUUUAAGAGUGCACAGUGUCCAGCCAUAUUUGUGUAAAUAAAGUGCAGGAGAGUGCUACUAGGGUUGAAUGAUGCAGAAGGGAGAGAGCCCAUGUUUAUUUUUGUAUAUUUUUAUUCUGCCCUUACUCCAAAGAAAUCUGAGCAAGGUACAUGGAUCUCUUCCCUCUGCUCGUGUUAUCCUCUCAGCAGACUGCAUGUUAGGUUAGGCUGUGAUAGUGAUGUUAAAUUCUCGAGAAUAAUCUUUUGGAAAAUAUUUUCGAUUAAUGAGAAUAUUAGAGAAUUUUCAUUUAAAAUAGGAGAAUAUUCAUUUUCAUGCAUUGAAAAUGAUAUAAUUAGUUAAUAUACCGUAUUUUUUGCUCUAUAAGACUCACUUUUUCCCUCCUAAAAAGUAAGGGGAAAUGUGUGUGCGUCUUAUGGAGCGAAUAUCCCAGAAGCCAGAACAGCAAGAGAGAUCACUGCGCAGCGAAAGCAGCAAUCCCUCUUCUUGUUCUGGCUUCUGAGAUUCAGAAUAUUUUUUUUCUUGUUUUCCUCCUCCAAAAACUAGGUGCGUCUUAUGGUCUGGUGUGUCUUACAGAGCGAAAAAUACGGUACAUGUUUAUUCAUGAGUAAACUUGUUCAGAUGGCAACCAAAAACUGUAGAGAUACUUUUAUGCAGUGAAUUCACAGUCUUUGAUUUUUUGUACCCAAUUUGAAAUUGAAAAUUCAAAGUGAAUGACUCACGUUAAUCACUAAACCUGCCACUAACCGAAUAUUUAACAUCAAUUUUGAAUUCGAAUUAUGGUGUGUAUGUAUGAAAUGUAGCUUUUAAAGUAAAAGGAAUAUUAAAAAACCUCAGGUCUGCUACAUGAGUACAUUCUUUAAUAAGCAUAUCUACAUGGUAUAGCAUUUAUGUGCAACACUAAUAAAAUCAAUAUAAAGUUUAAAAUAAAUGCUAUUAUUUCCAGAAAAUAAAACAUAAAUAAUCAGUAGUGACAAGUUACAUAACAUCAGAAAUGCAAAUUACUAUCUCACAUUUCAGAACUGCCAAUGGUGAAUGACACAAUGCCCAGUAAUGUAACCAUUAUUCAUUACUUACACUGCCAGUAUCACAUUUGACUUACUAUUUACUAGAUUUUUAAAAUGUGGGUUGUAAAACUGGUUCUUACAUUAGAAUUUACAGUUUGUGGAGAAUAUUCUGGAGAAUUUUCUAGCAGAGAGAUGUGAAGGGAGUUCUGGCAAAUGCAAGAUAUCAGGGUAGGCGGAAAGGGAGCAUCUUCACCUUCUACAGCCAUCCCAUAGUGAGCAACUGGGAAAUCUGGUUGCUCAGUAGUUUGGUUAUCAGUUAUUGCUCUUGACUUUGUAUUCCACACUAUGCAAAGGGGUAAAUAAUUCAUUAUGUGUAUGCCUACUAUAUAAUUUGGAUUCACUGUGUUCUUUUCUCAUUUUUUUCAUAGCAAAAAUGGCUCAAGCAGCUAUGGCAGCAGCAUCUAG